UAUAAUGAGAAAAACUGGGAGAGGAGAAAGAGAGAGAGACACUGUGAGAAAGAGCGAGGUACAGACAGCUCAGCUUCCCUACUGCAGCCCAGGCAUGCAGUGAGAAACCAGCCUUUGAGAAACCAGAUGGAAGCGUCCCCUAUCUGAUUCCAAUUAAGUAUCCUUGCCAUCAUCUGGACGAAUAUUCCGGGAUUCUGCUAUCCCAUUUCUUUUGUGAGAAGAAGCUAAAAGCUUUGGAAAAACUACAGAGAAUUUGCAGCAUCAUUUGGCUGGCUUGAGCAGAUCCUGGGUGGACACUGCUGUAUCAGAGGGUAAGUGUCUGAUCAGUCAACCAACCUAAGAGAGGAGCCUGAAAGAGGGACUCACACUGAUUCAAUAAGGCUUAGCUUUGGACUGCAGACAGUGCACCUCAACCUUGAGCUGAUGGCAUGUAAUGACAGCAGCAUGGCAGUUUUGAUGAGCCUGCUCCUAAGCACUGCUGUGGCUAUUGUGGGAGUCCUUGCAGUUCACAAGGAAGGAGGGCAGAUUGUGAAGACCAUCAGAGUAAAGAGGGACACAACUGAAGCUGAGGGUCGCUUUGUCAACCAGAGCUUGAAGGAGCAGCCCGUAGUCUUCAACCAUGUGUACAACAUCAAUGUUCCCCUGGAGUCCCUCUGUGCUGUCAACCUGGAGUCCUCCCCCAGCCGUGUGGUGAAGGUGGAAGAGCAGGAGGAGGCCUUGCAGUACACCGAGCAGACAGCAGACCAGGAGAGCCAGGUCACCUUCACCCACCGAAUCAACAUCCCCAAGAAGGCCUGUGCCUGUCCUAGCUCAUCCACCAUGCAGGACCUGGCCAUCCGCAUCGAGGUUCUUGAGAGGGAGGUGUCCUUGCUGAGGCAGCACUGCAACUCCAAUUGCUGUGGAGAGAGUGCAGCAACAGGUCGACUGGAUUAUGUCCCACACUGUGGAGGGCACGGCAACUUCAGCAUGGAUAUCUGUGGCUGCGUUUGUGAGGAGGGAUGGACUGGCAAGAACUGCUCUGAGUCGCGGUGUGCAGGAGACUGCUCGGGCCGGGGGUUGUGUCUGGAGGGGGAGUGUGUCUGUGACGGAGAUUUCACGGGGGAUGACUGCUCUGAGACGCGCUGUCCUGGGGACUGUAGCGACAGAGGGCUCUGCAUCGACGGAGAGUGUGUCUGUGAGGAGGCCUAUACUGGGGAGGACUGCUCUGAAGCCCGCUGUCUCAACAACUGCUCUGACCGGGGCACCUGCAUCAACGGGACCUGCCAGUGCCAGCAGGGCAGCGUGGGUGAAGACUGUUCGCAGCUGAUCUGUCUUAAUGACUGUAGCCAGAAAGGUAGCUGCAAGCAGGGCAUCUGUGCUUGUGAGGAAGGCUAUGUAGGCGAUGAUUGCUCAUCAGUCACUCCGCCUAUAAAGAUCCGUGUGGUGGGAGUCACUGAACGGACCAUUGAUCUGCAGUGGGAAGGCCCCCUUGUGGUGACAGAGUACCUUAUCACCUAUGUGCCAACUAGCCCUGGGGGUGUCCAGCUGGAGCUGAGUGUGCCAGGAAACUGGACAAGCUCCACCAUCAGCGAGCUGGAGCCUGGCAUUGAAUACAACAUCAAUGUCUACGCUAUUCUCAACAAGUCGCUUAGUGUGCCAGUCAACGCCCAGGUCUCCACAUAUCUCUCCACUCCAGAGGGUUUACUUUUCAAAUCCAUCACUGAGACAUCGGUAGAAGUGCAGUGGGAGCCAUUCUCCUACUCGUUUGAUGGCUGGGAAAUCAGCUUCAUUCCAAAGGACAAUGAAGGUGGAAUGAUUGCUCAGCUGCCCGGAUCCAUUACCUCCUUCAACCAGACAGACCUAAAGCCAGGGGAAGAGUACACUGUCAGUGUGGUGGCGUUGAAGGACCAAGCCAGGAGCCCACCAGUGUCAGCGACCGUGUCAACCUUGAUUGAUGGCCCAAGCCAGCUGACCAUUCGGGACGUCUCAGACACUGUGGCCUUUGUGGAGUGGACCCCUCCCAAAGCUAAGGUUGAUCAGAUUGUGCUGAGGUACGGGCUGGUGGAUGGGGAGGUACCCGGAACGACCUUCAAACUACAGCCCACCCUCAGCCAGUACUCCCUGCAAGUCUUGCGGCCAGGGUCCCGCUACGAGGUUUCAGUGACUGGUGUCCGCAAUUUGAACGAGAGUGACUCUGUUUCAGCUGAAUUCACAACCGAAAUCGAUGCUCCAAAGAACCUGCAAGUGGUCUCCAAGAGUUCCGGGACUCUGGAACUGGAGUGGGACAACAGCAAGGCUGAGGUGGAGAGUUACAAGGUGGUGUACAGCACACUUUCUGGAGACCAGUAUCAUGAUGUCAUUGUGCCAAGGAAUGACGGGCUUACCACCAGGGCUACACUGACAGAUCUGGUGCCAGGUACAGAGUAUGGCAUUGGAAUAUCAGCAACUUUAGGCAGCAAUCAAAGUGCUCCAGCAACCAUGAAUGCCAGAACUGGUCUUGAUUGCCCCACGGAUUUGACGGUGACAGCCUCCACAGACAAUACCAUCUCCCUGCUCUGGGGGAAGGUCCAAGGCCCCAUCAACCACUACCGAGUGACUUACACUACAUCCACUGGUGUGGCGUCUGAAGUGACCGUCCCCAAGGAUGUGUCUAUGGUCACUCUGACUGACCUGGAGCCUGGGACAGAGUACACCAUAUCGGUGACAUCACAGAGAGGCAGACAGCAGAGCGCUGCUGCUACCAUUGAUGCAUUCACAGGAUUCCGGCCCGUCACACAACUGUACUUUUCCGACAUCACUUCCUACACAGUGACGGUGGCCUGGAGUGCCCCUGCCCCACCAGCCGACAUGUUUAUCCUUAACUACAAUCCACAGGACCAAGACAAUACCUUGCAGGUCACCCUGGAUGGCUCUAAGACACAAGCAACCCUCGCUGGCCUGCAGCCCUCCACAGAGUAUAUUGUUACCCUGGUCACCAUACAAGGGACUGUAAAAUUUGAACCUGUAGUGGGUUCAAUAACCACAGGGAUGGACCCUCCAAGGGAAAUAACUGUAUCCAACGUCACUGAAGACUCUGUGACAGUGUCCUGGGUCCCCCCAAUAGCGCCAUUUGAUUACUACAAGAUGUCCUACGAGACAGCUCAAGGGAGAGUGGACAGCGUGGUGAUUGACAAUCACGUGACUGACUACACCCUGAGCAACCUGAAGCCAGCCACGGAGUACGAGAUCAACCUGAAUGCAGUGAAGGGGGGCCUGGAGAGCGAGCUCAUCAAUAGCACUGUGCACACAGCUAUGGACAGCCCUCUAGGAUUGGUUGCUAUGAACGUCACUGCGACAGAAGCUGUUCUUCAGUGGCAACAGCCCCUCUCCAGUGUGGACAACUAUAUUCUGAUUCUGACACAUUACCAGGCAGCAGCUGAUACCAUACUGGUAGAUGGCACCAGUCAGGAGUACAAGCUUACCAAUCUCAUACCAAGCACUAGCUAUUCCGCCGCCAUGUAUGCUACUAAGGGACCACUCACCAGUGGCACUAUCAAUGCCAACUUUAUAACACCUAUGGAUGCGCCUCAGAACCUGACAGCCAGUGAGACCACCCACAGGAGUGCCCUCAUCUCCUGGCAGCCACCCAUCGCAGAUAUCGACAACUACCUGCUCACAUACAAGUCCGGGGACGGCAGCAAAAAGGAGUUGAUCCUGGAUGCUGAAGAUACAUGGAUCCGGCUGGAGGGUCUCUCUGAAACUACUGAGUACACUGUGAGGCUGCAGAGUGCUCGAGGAUCAGAGACCAGUGCCAUUGUCUCCACUGUCUUCUCCACUGGAAAUCGUCUGUUUGCCACCCCUCAGAACUGCGCCCAGCAUCUCCUGAACGGAGAGACUCUGAGUGGGGUUUACACCAUUUAUGUGAACAGGGACCCAAGCCAAGGAAUGCAGGUGUACUGCGAUAUGACCACAGAUGGCGGGGGAUGGAUUGUAUUCCAAAGGCGGCAAAACGGUCUGACAGAUUUCUCUAGAAGGUGGAGUGAUUACAGAGUUGGCUUUGGAAAUAUAGAGGAUGAGUUCUGGCUUGGGCUGGACAAUAUUCACAGGGUUUCUUCCCAAGGUCGUUAUGAGCUUCGCAUUGAUAUGCGGGAUGGACAAGAGUCAGUGUAUGCCAGCUAUGAUAAAUUUUUCAUUGGAGAUGCACGGAAUCUUUACAAACUCAGAAUAGGGGAGUACAAUGGAACUGCAGGGGACUCACUGAACUACCACCAGGGCCGCCCUUUCUCCACCAAGGACAGAGACAAUGACAUUGCCGUCACAAACUGUGCCUUGUCAUACAAGGGAGCAUGGUGGUACAAGAACUGCCACCGAGCCAACCUGAACGGCAAAUAUGGAGAGUCCAGACACAGUCAGGGGAUAAACUGGUAUCACUGGAAAGGCCAUGAGUUCUCCAUUCCCUUCAUUGAGAUGAAGAUGCGGCCAUACAACUAUCGCAAUAUCAACGGGAAAAGAAGGAGGGCCACAAAGCUAUAAUCACUGCAAACCCCUUAGCUCUACCUAUUUCUAAGCAGGGGAAAAAUGAAAGCAGUUCUGCGUUAAGAAAGAAAAAAAAUAGUCACAUGGUCGUACAGAAAGGCUCACAUGCACAUAAGGGGAACUGAACCAAGUUUUUAACGACAUUAAGUGUUUUAUUGUGUGCCUAUCUUCACAAUAUAUCGGGGUGCCUAUAGAUGACUUGUACAGCACGUAUAUGUGUAUUAAUUAUAGCGAGGCACAGUGGUUAUUGGGGGUGAGUUGGCUGUUAAUGUAAUAUCUCCACUAAAACCAUAGUGAUUUCUAAAAAAGAGUCAUUAACAUUGCUUUAUGGACUGUAUCUUUCCUUUUUCUGAUAAUUUAAAUAUUAUGUCCAUACAAAAAAAAAGGCCUUAGCAUUUGCAUUACUUUUUAUGUGUUUUAUUUUUGAUUGAUUACACCAUCAAUGUAUUGGACAAAAUAACAAUAAUACUAACUAAACACUACAUUAUUACAGCAACCAAUCUACAGUAGUAUAGCUUUAGCUUGCAUUUAUUUAUGUAUUUAUUUGUUUGAAGACAUUCAACUAAAUAGAUUGCAUCAUUGUUUGAAGAAUGGGGAGGGGGAAGCUGUAAGUGUAAGAAAUAGCCCUACUUGUAGGAAGGAUGGUUUGGCUUGUAAAUACACAGAUACUUUUGUUUUGUAAAAAAGUAAAGCCAGUCAAUUGAAAGUACCAUUUUAUCUGUAUAGUUGUAUAGCUAUGUGAACCUUAUGAUAUUUGUUUUGUUUUCAUAUUUCAUAAUUUUUAAGUGAGGUUUUCAAGUAGACAUCAUAUACACACAAUAACUAUAGAGCACUGCCCCCUCACAACUGGAUUUGGAAGCCUUGAGAUUUUCCACCCUGGGGCUGGUUAAAAACAAAGGUUCAUUUCCCCGUACGAACGUUCUUUUCUGUUUUAAAUGUAUUUUUUAUACUUUUAUUUGCAUGGUGACGACUGGCACAAAACCAAAGAUUUGCAAUCGAAACAAGGAAAAACAACACAGUGUUAAAAAUGCCAUGAAUAUUAAAAAAGUAUGUUUUGAUAGAUAUCCAGGGACCAGCCGCUUGAUGCAGCAUUACAGUAGACUACUGUAAAAAUGAAUUGUCUUGAAGCUAAAUUUGCUCAAUUGUGAAAUUAGAAAUGAGGUCGGUUGAGGUAAUUUUAAUUGGCUAAUGAAUAUUAAAUUGGACAUAGCAGGAAAAACAAACACACUGCUUGUUAUUACUAACUUCAUUUGGCCAUUUUAGCUUUUAGGACAAUGUAAAAUUACCAAAAGCUUAUGCUUUGGUACCUAAUUUAUAUAGAAAAGUACGUAUAUUUUCACAAUUUUUGGUCUCUAGUUUCUAUAUUGCCUAAUAGGGGGAAGAACAAGAACAUUGUCCCCCAAAACAGUGCCUGCUCAUGGUUUGUACCCUAAGCACUCUGGCUCACCAAUGCAACAUUCACUGUCUCUGCUUCUUCGCAAUCUCUCCCUUCCCCUUGUCCUAUUCUUUAAGGAUGGGGAGGAACCCUCCAAUGUGAAUAAUGUGAUCAGGACUUUAGGAAAAAAAACACUUCUUAUUCCAUGUGGACCAAUAACCUUUCUGUAUCCUAACACUGAAAUAUUUGGUCUCCCGUCACUUAAGGUUAAUGAUUAUAAACUACUGUACAUCUUAAGGAUGGGAGAUGUCCUUGUACUGUAUUUUAUUAAUUUUUGUUCUUGAUGUUUAUUGUUUUGCUUACAUAGUUAAAAUAGGCCUUUAUUCAUUUGAUGGGACAUAUUGAUAUAGCAUUAACAUGUCAGUAAAUACAUGGCAAUCCUAUGCAAAUCUGUCACACGUAUGCUUCAUGGACACUGUUCUAUGUACUGUAAGAGUAGUCAGAAUGUUGUUACAAGUAUAAGGAAUGUUCUUUAUUGAGGCCAUUUAGACAGCUAAUCAACGUUCCACACCUAAAGUCUCUAUUGUGUGGUGUUUGCUUCUCUAGAAGGGGUGUCACUAGCAGGGUGUUGGGUGGUUAUUUAGACUCACCAAACCUCCUCAUCAGCCUUCCAAAAAUAUGAGGCAGAAACUCUCAUAGAGCUAAGGCUCUUCUGGCUUAACAACAUUCCUUACAAAAGAUGAAUAUGGUAAAAGCAUAGCAAAGUGUAGUAAACUAUAGUAAAUGCAUUGUGAGAGCAUGGUAAAGCAAGCAAAAUUACAGUGCAGCAUGGCACAGUAUAAGACAUGGUAAAGUCAAGUAAAUGUAUAGUAUAGUGUAAGCAUGGAGAAAGCAUGGGGACCUUUAAAAUUACUGUGCAAAUUUACCAUGGCAAAUGUUAAGGGACAAUACAAUAAAGACACUGACCCACACCUGUCAAGUGUACAGUUAGCCACUUACAAAUGUAUACAUGCGUGGUGAUGUUGUACAAUGCCACCUUCCCACAGAGAAUUGAGGGCUUAAAUGUUUUCUAGCCUGGACCUCCUACAGAUACUCCUGAGGUGGUCAUAAAUAAUGUACAAUAGAUUAUUCCAUGAGCAUCUGACUGUCUGAUAUUCCCAAAUCUUUCAGCCUCUGGAACUUGACUAGGUUAUUAACCACCCAGGAUGUUAUCAUUCAUGUUUGACUAAGGAUUUGGUUUACUUCUAAAUGAAUCAACCACAAACCACUAAAGAUACCAGUCACUGCCCUGACCUAAUGGCACCUUUGUGGGACAGGAUUUUGACAACACGCUUGGCUACCCCCAACUGUAAAUGAUCAGUAAUAGGCCUCUAUAUAUUAGAAACUAGAGCCAGUGCCAUUAAUACUUCUUGGUUAAUUGCAGAAGUGUGGGGGGCCAACAUAGAAUGGAUUGUACUUUUUUUAAUACUAGUCUGUCGCUCUUCUGCUUUUAAAAUAGGCUUGCCUUCUGUUAGCUGUGAAAGUAAAUGUAUCUUUAAAUACUGUUUGAGGGGAAUCAUGAUACAGUAUGAGCUCUUUUGUCUCCCUUUCUGCCAAAUAUCUAAUAACUUCUGAGGCUAAACUAUGUAUCAUGAGAGACCUAAUUCUGCUUUUAUCUUGUGAAUCACCUACUGUGACAUUGUACCUUACUAUGACUUAAAAAAAAAAAAAAAAAAAAUCAUUCUUGGUGUUUCUGAGGUUAUUUGUUGAUUUUGUGUUUUUAUUACCCGCACAAAGCAUUAGUGGUCCUGUGUCUUUGCAAACCUUACUCGCUGGUCUACAGCUGGUUGUGAUGCUAGUUCACUUAGUUCAGUUAGUUUUUUAAGCCAAACUAGAUUAAACAUGUUUCUUGACGGGAGAGGGGACAAAGGACUAUACAUUUUUUAAACAGAUUUUAAUAUAUUUAGCAUAUAUGUUUAGCAUACGAAACAAUCAGCUUCUAUAUAAUUUUCUGUUUUCAGAAUGAGUCAGAAUCAAGAAGGUCAAUGACAACACCAGCAUUUUAAAUUUGCACUGCAACAUAUACAGUUUUUUGUGACUUCCACUCUGCUGGACCAACAAUGCUUUGUGCCAGUCUCUUGAAAUUGGAAACAAAGGUAAUUUUCAGUGAGAGCAAAGCCAUAGAGAGACGUUAUACUUUUUUGACCUGUAUCGUAAUUGUUUUAAUUGAUCACAUAUGUCACUAUUGCAGUGUCAUAAGCUGCCUUGAAAAAUCUAACUUUGACAAGAAACAGUACAACUGAAACAAAAUGAUCUCAUUCCUUAAAGAGUUCUGUUAAGAGGAAUAGAUAAGCAUGGUCUUUUUCUGACGUUUCUACCAUUUGCUGGGGUUUCCUACUAAAGCAUAAGCUACCGUAAUGAUCUACAAGAAAACCUACUGAGAUUAAAGAUUUUUUUUUUUUUUUUAAAGAGUGGCCGGGUCAAGAGGCAUACAAGUUACAGUAUAUUAAGAACAUUAAAGUCACACAGCAAUUGCACUCACUUUUGUUCCAUAAUCCUUUAUGAAAGAGGAAUUGCAGUGACCUUAAUUUUUGCAUUACAGAAACUGUGUAGGGAUGUGCGUACAUUCGUUUUUAUUUUACACUUGCAAGGGUUCUGCAAGGCUCAAUGCUUGACAUCCAAGGGAAAGUUUAUAGACCGGGUUCAUUUAUUAUGAUUGCCUAUCAAAGUUUAUGGUACAUUAAAGCCUUGAGGAGACUUGGCAAGGGCAGAUGCAGCACAGACUCCAGCCAUAGCAAGUUAAGAAUGUAUAUGUAGGGUGGGUUUGUUGCAUUUCUUAAUAUUCUGUGCUAUUUCCUGCAUAGACUAGAGCAGUGAUACUCAACUCUGGCCCUUGAGAUCUAUUCCAGUCCUGGUCUUUAUCCCAACCAGGUCCUAAAUUAGUUAAUCGCCUCUUAGCAGCUUCAAUUAAGCAGAGAACCUGCUUGGAGUAAAAACCUGGACUGGAUUAUAUCUCGAGGGCCAGAGUUGAGUACCAUUAGACUAGACCCUUGCUGUGUAAUCUAGAAGUUUAUUUAAAUUAUAUACUGUAUAUCUCUAUCUAUCUAGAUUUUUGGAAUGCAGUUAUUUUGGUAAAAUGACUAAACAUUUGAAAGUGAGGCCUCCAUACCACGGGACAGUGGUUUUAAUCAGUUUGAACUAUUUUCUGAAUUGGAACAUGGUUUAGAAUGUUACACAUUGUGUGUUUUAUUGUUUUGGUUGCCCAUAACCAUAAUCUAUUUUCAGACUGCAGGUGAUCAACGAAGACAUAACUUAACUCUAUGGCUCUGGCUCUUCAUUUCCAUUAAUAAUUACAAGAAUCAUUGCCUGCCACAUGCUUACAGUUAUAUACUGCGAGGGAAGACACAAACUGGGUAGUGUGUUACACAUAGAUUGACAUGAUUCUGUGGAUAACGAGAAAUAAAAUUGUUAAGCAUAGUUUAAAUUACUUUUAACACAUGUAUAGGCCCUUUUUUAAUACAUUUUCUACACAAUAAUAAAAUAUUAAAAUUGA